AUGGUGGCGUCUGAGACGCCCUGCCGUCGGUCGUCGUUCGCGGCGACGAUCGGGGCAUCGCUUUACGAAGACAUCACGACAACUACGAUCGAAAUCAAUCCGAGGCAUCUCACGUUUGAACGGAUCGUCGGCACCGGGUCCAUGUGCGAAGUCUGGCUUGCGCAGUGGAAACCAAAUCCAACGAUGGGCACCACCCCCGUCGCCGUCAAGCGCCUGCUGCAGAAGCGGCGCAAUGAUCACGACGUGUGCAUCUUCCUCGGGGACACCCGGCUCCUGGCAGUCUUACGACACCCCAACAUCGUGGCGGUGCUUGGAGUGUCGUGGCAGUCGAAGAAAAACAUUGAGGUUGUGCUGGAGUACCUCGACGGCGGCAGCCUGCGGCACCUGCUCACGUCGUCGAGUCCGUUGUCGAUGGGAUGGCUCGGUACGAAGCAAUCGAUCGCCAUGGACGUGAUCGACGGCUUGGUCUAUCUGCAUCAAGAAGAGAUUAUCCAUCAGAAACUCACUGCCGAUUCUGUUCUCGUUCACGCGACUGGUCGUGGGGUUGGUGCCAAGCUGGGCAACUGCGGGUCCAUGUACAGAUUGCGGCAGCCGACCAUGUCAGCCCGAAGCACCGUUUCGCUAACAAUCUUCUCUCCCAAGUCGAGCCAGACCGACAAACAUCACCAGCAGCAGAGGAGAAAAUGGAUGGCUCCGGAGGUCCUUCGCGGCGAAGAACCGACUCGUGCCGCCGACAUGUAUGCAUUUGGGGUGCUCUUGUCCGUUUUGGACACCCACGACGACCCGUUCAAACGAGAGGCCAUGGACGAUUCUCUCAUCUUGCAGCGCGUGAGUCUCGGCGACAUGCGGCCCACGCUUUCUCUCCUCUGCCCCCCCUUCAUCCACGAAAUUGCUCAAAAGUGCUUGGACGUGACUCCCCAACUCCGCCCCACAGCUACAGACGUCGCGGGGUGGCUUCACACGCGAGGCCUGUGCACGUCAUCGAUGUUGUCCACUUCAGCCGCAAACUCUCGGCGGGGAAGUCUGGCCUUGAGCGCGUCAACCAACAGCUUUCAAGGCAGCUUGCCGUCCCUGGCGAUGAACCGACCGCAAAAACCCAGACUUGAUACGAGCGUUGUUCUCUAAGUAGAUCUGCAUGCGUGCAAGAUGAUGUCGUGUACGAUGGCGUGUGCAUUGCGCAUGGGCGGAGACCACAGCGUCAUUUCAACGAGCAUUGCGCACGGCUCGAAG